AUGACCUUAAGUUCAGCUUCCUCCUCCAGAUGGCUGACGCGUACAGUUUGUCAACUGGAUGCGAUGCAAAGGGGCCACGCAACGUCAGCACUCAUGCUUGAGUACACAAGCGAUAGAUAUAACCGUUCUUCUCCUAUAUGCUGGCGUCGAGACUUUGCGGUGUUGAUUGAAGUCCCUCCAGAAUGCAAACGCCGCGGGCUUUAUCGACUACGCAAAUCUCCCGUCACCACUUUGCGAUGGAGGUGGUACCCUGGCCGUCAACCCCCAGGAUGGCAAGGGGCUGAGACUGUCCCAGCAACACGCUUCAUCGACCUUGGUCGUAAAAAGCACACGAUUUUCCACGUCGCGGCGAAUGAUGAUGGAAUCCUGUUUAUACAGAUGGCUCUCGCACCGCCCAGACGUCCAUGUAGGGGCCUAAGGGUUACCAAUGUCGUUUAUUCCUGGGCCGACGAUAAGAUCCUGUGGCUGGAGAACAUCAACGGGCUCUCUGGCUAUUAUUACGGGAUGCGCUACCUACUUGGCAGAGAGCGGCUUUAUACUAUCUCAGGUUGCGAAGAGACCUAUAAUCACAAUCUUAUUGCUGAGGACUUUCGCUCAGGGUCACGACUGUACAAAACCGGUUAUCCUGUUCACCAGGAUGCUGUCGAUACCGGGCAGAUGAGACUCCUUCAAGCCACCGACGACGACGAACUGUUCGUGCAUCUUUCGCCCUGUUUAGGUGAGAACAUUUGCGAAUUCCACAUUGUCAGGGUAAGCUGCGGCGUUUACAUUGGACACUUGAAGCUUCUCGGCGGCGGACUCAAUCUCGACAAUAUUCUUACCCACCCUGCAAGUGGGCAGAUGGCUGUCAUAGAUAUUGUUGAGGAAUGGUUCCCUUCACUUAUGCUUGACGCCCAUCCAUUGCUAUUUGACAGCCGAUUCGUCAUCCUGAGCUACUAUUCUUACAAUCAAGAGACCGGGUAUGCGCUGCUCCACACCGACGCUUUGAUGGCAGGCCCUAGAUCCGAUCCACUCCAGAGCCAUUUCAAUUACCGCCUUAUAUCUCCAGCCGCCAUCAAUCCGUUCUACAGGACAGCCAUCUUGUCAUUCAUAGAUUGUCCACCCACCCAACAAACCAAGUCUUCACAGCGGUCGUUGUGGAGCUACCCCUUUGUCCCGACUGAGGAAAUAGCCAUCCGUCGCGCUGUUAAGGCAAUCCUAAAACUCAGGUAUGACCAGAUUUCUCUCCCGCGUCCUCCUCUCCGCCAAUGUUGGGUUCUCGGCGACGCGGUGAGGAUCACCGCUUCUCCUGAGUCGGCUGGGGAGACAGGCAUCGGCACGGGACAGAGAAAAGAGGCAGUAAUGACUGAGACUGGAUUGAGGUGGGACUCGCGUUUUACUGGCAAUGGAGAUGCGGUCUUCACGUCAUCUUUGAGCCCGAGCGCUUGCACUGAGAAUGCGAGCUAUUUUCUUGGUUUUGCGGGAUAG